CCCACCUUUGGGGCUGUGAACAUUUCUGACUUUGAGUACGAGAUAUCUGGUUUCAAUAACGUGCAAUACAAAGCAAUCGAGAUUUACACACGCUCUGCACAACUCGACAGCACGCAGCAUUCGUCAUUUGACAACCAUGGCUUCUGGGACUCUAGAACUCGUCCGCAUCAAAGGACUACCUCCAGGGACAGAUGAAUUCGAAACACGACGUGCAGCAAUUUCCAAAGAGUUCGCGCGCAAGGUCCCAUCAGAGCUACUCCUGCCGUCCGAAUUGAUCACGAACCCACCGAAUGAUGUUACAAACAUCCCCAGAACAUGUGGUGUUCUGACAGACCAAGAGAUUGAGGUUACGGAGAGCUACGAUGCGGUAGCUCUCGCAGAUGUCGUCGCAUCACGCAGGCUCACCGCCGUUGAAGUUACAACAGCCUUCGCGAAGCGAUCCAUGAUUGCACACCAACUCACAUGCUGUCUCACGCAGUGGUUCAUGGACGAAGCACUGCAUCGCGCAAAAGAGCUAGAUGAUUAUCUUGAAAAGCACGGGAAACCGAUCGGGCCUCUUCACGGUGUGCCCAUCAGUAUCAAAGAGCACAUCCCUGUCGCAGGGACCUACUCUUCGCAGGGAUCGCUGUCUUCUACCGUACUCGACAAAGAAGACUCGCACAUGGUUUCGAUCCUCAGGGCUGCGGGUGCGAUCUUCUAUUGUAAGACUAAUCAGCCGCAAGCCGUGAUGCAUCUCGAAUCAACCUCCCACUAUGGUCGGACGCUCAAUCCUUUCAAUCUAAACCUAAGUGCAGGUGGUUCGACUGGAGGAGAGGCUGCUCUUCUAGCUAUGCGAGGGUCCGUCCUUGGCGUCGGGACAGACAUAGGUGGCAGCAUACGUGGGCCGAGUGCGUUCUGUGGCAUCUACGGGUUCAAGGCAACGUCGGAGACCUUACCAAUGAAAGGAUUUCUCGCCAAUCCUUUCGCUGCUGAAUUAAAUAUCUCAUGCAGUACCGGGCCUAUGUGUAGUAGUUUACGCGACAUGGACCUCUUCAUCCACGUAUUGCACAAGUCGCAGCCGUGGUUGCUAGAUCCCAGCCUCGUUCCCAUCCCCUGGACCGGCUUGAGCACACAUCUAUCGAAGCCACUCAAAAUUGGUAUCAUCGAGGACGACGGGUUCAUCGUCCCUCAACCGCCUGUAAGACGAGUAAUUGAAUGGGCAAAACUCAAACUCAUCAACCCCGAACUUUCCUCGGUCUUGAAUAUCAAGCCCUUCCAACCCUAUGGCGCCGAGAAUGCCUGGCGAAAGAUCCGCCGUAUGUACUGGCCCGACGGCGGCGCCGUGACCAAGGCAGCCAUACAAGUAUCUGGUGAACCAAUCCUGCCGCUGAGCGACCAGGUCUGGAGCGAUGCGGAGCCCUUCGGUAUGCUCAACGCCGAGGAGAUCAACCAACUACGGUUUCAGCGUGAUCAGUUUCGUCACGCCUUUUCCGAUAGUUGGAAUGAGCAGGAUGUUGACAUAGUGCUUGGCCCUGCGUUUGUAGGUCCAGCCUGUGCGCACGAUACUGCGUUUUAUUGGACAUACACAAGUCUGUACAACUACGUAGACUACCCUGCUGCAGUUGUACCCACACCAGUCAGGGCGAGGAAGGAAGAGAAUUACCCGGAGAGUUACACGCCACUAAGUGUUGAGUGCGAGCACGUGAGAAAAUUAUGGAGUGAAGGCAGCUUUGAGGGUGCACCAAUCAAUUUGCAGAUUGUUGCACGAAGGCAUCACGACAAUCUUUUGUUCGGAGCCUUGGAACUACUAAGACCUAUUCUGGAUCUACCGUAAUCGACUUCCGUUUGGAGAAUAUUCGCAUUCAUGCACUAAGAGACAUGUGCUGCCAGUAACGCAGAGACACGAUUAUUCCAGACAAUCCGCCUGGCUCUACCGACGGCAAAGGGCACGUAGAUGCAACAGAAUAUUUGCCGCGAGAUUAUUCAUGGUUUGCUUUGCAAAACAUUGAGUCACUUGAGUUCCGACAAGUGUGACCCCUCCAGUGAAGUCGCAAAGCCCCUUUUCAAUUGCACCUCAUAGUUAUAUAAGUCGCCGUCGAGAUCCUCAAUGUUGUCAUGAAAGGCAGAGAUAGUCCCGGUAGUCAUCACUGCAAAGAGCUUGUGUGGUGCGCAUAAUGUUAGAGACACCUUCAACUGGACAUAUCUGGUGUCAAAG